AUGGCAUUUCAAACAAACGUCUUCCGUGGCGGUGAAUGGGUUACAGAGACCGUCGACGUCCAUGCAGUUCUCAAAGCAUCAGCCCCCAAGCCCGCCAAGAAGCAGCGACUCCUGAAGCCGCCCCGGUGUGGCAUCCUGACCAGGACUGUUGUGGAGAGCCAGCUUGUGAACUGGAUCCUACCAGUCCGGCUCAGGUCAUCUCAUCACAACGAUGUAGCAUUUGUUGGGGACCAUGCCGUUCAGAUACGCGAGUUGCGGCGAGAUGGCCAGCUGCAGGACGUGAUUCGAAAGAACGAUUUUGGUUCGCGUAUCCGAAAUGCCGCUGUCAUCGGGACUCUCCCUGACGACAUCAAGGACGAAGAGGACGAGGAUGGGGACAAAGACUUCGGCCUUCUACUCAAGGCUGAGGAUGACGACUUGGCCAUGGAGCGAGAUGAUCCGCCCAGGAGAACAUCAUCCAGAGCUGCCCCGCUGGUCCCCCAGUUAUUGCUGGUAGUACUCGAGUGCGGCGACUCGGUUUUUCUGUCAGUCCGCUCUCAGGCAGAUGGGAACCUCGAGUUUGUCGCCUCACGUUUCAAGAGUCCAAAAGAACAUCUUGUGUACCCUGGAUUCCAUCUGGCCGUGGACCCCAGCUCACGGUACAUGGCACUAGGCUGUGCCCAACAUCAUUUUGUGGUCUACGAGCUUGAAUCCAUCACAACGCUCAACGGCCAGUAUGGGCGCAACGAACCUCUACGGCCGGUCAAGUCAUUCCGUCCCAGAAGUGUUCAGGGUGUGAUCCAUAAGGUCGAGUUUCUCUACCCGAGACCUAGCGAUAGACACCACAUCAUCCUGCUGCUCAUCAUCGUCCGGAACGGCAAGUCGAGGAUGGUAACGUAUGAGUGGGAACUGGGAGAUGACUUGAGGGCCGUCUUCGCCGAAGAAAAGAAUGGGCACAGAAUGCCGGUCGAGAAUCAGAUGCCCCUUCUCCUCAUCCCCUUGACAGUUCGCUCAGCCUUUAUGGCCAUUUCGCCGAGACAGAUUGCGGUAUGCACCGAGGCUUUGCAUGGGCCUCCGAACUUUGAAAGGUUCGACAUCCUGGAACCUCCGGCCACGAUUAACUACCACGGACGCGAGAAACCCCUAUGGACAGCAUGGGCGAGGCCUUCGCGACUAUCUCAUUUCUUUAGGACUCGCGACUGCAUCUAUCUCGCUCGAGAGGACGGCGUUGUUAUCUUCAUAGAGGCCGAUUCAGAGAGCACCCUGACGGGAAGCACUUUUAUGGACAAGUUUGACUGCAAUAUCUCCAGGGCAUUCUCCUGUCUCUAUGAUCAGUUUUCCGAUGUGCUCGUCAUGGCAGGUGACUCUGGACCUGGAGCAGUCUGGAAGAUACCGGCUAGACAAUCGCUUGAGCAACUUGGCACGCUGCCAAAUUCCAGCCCAGUGGUUGAUUUCGUCACCACCGAUGAACACUCGACAUGGAACGAUGUGCUCGGCGUGACUGGCGACAGGAUGGCUUCAGAAGGUGGUCGGCCGGCAAAGCCCGGCAGGAUAUUUGCAACCUCGGGCCGCGGCCACAAAGGCUCGAUCACCGAGUAUCGAUAUGGACUGCAGGCGAAGAUUGGCCUGGACCUAGAGUACGGCGUCGGCGUGAAGCAAGCAUGGGUCUUUCCCGCCCAGUUGUCUAACGACUCGGGGUUUCACCUGCUCUUGUCUAUGCCCGACCGCACUGGCAUCUUACAUCUCACAGAUGACCUGUCACAAGCAGCCGAGCCUGAACCUGGGACUAUCCAGUAUGAUAUCUCGUCGCGGACUCUGGCAGCAACUGCAUCUAGAGAUUCACGGUUCUCUUACGAGAUGCUCGAGGAUUUCCCGUCCCUAUAUGUAGCAGACGCGGCCAUUCUGGGAGACUAUGUCGCAAUUUCAACACACAUCGACACAAUAUUCCGGAUAUUCGUUCUGCAAAUCCGAAACGAAGGGAACGUUGCAGUCGUUCCUGUCUCCUCCUUCCGAGUCGAUGGCGAGGUAACCUGCUUGUCUCUUUGCCGCUAUCCUGAGGAUGGAGCCGUUGGCCUGUUGGCAGGGCUAUGGCAAGAGGGGAAGCCAGAGGAUCCCAACAUACGACGACAUCCAUGGAACCUAUCGCUAGUAUUACUCCAUGCAAGCGGCGAAGUCAUAACUCUGACCAAUCUGAGAAACGUGCGUUCGAUGCAAAGCCAGAGGUUUGGGGUGACGACGGCAAACAUCCUCGUCGCAAACGAACUAGGGCAAAGCGCCGCAGUCCUCGUCUCUUGCGACUCUAACCUCAUUUUACUCUCUGGCUACACCCCUGCAUCGAGCGAAGAAAGCGCGGGAACAUUUGAGACAAGGAUUCGAGUCUGGCCAGUAGACGUGAGCAAUCCGACCUCUCCACCCCCCUUGGUGGAUUCGGUCACGGUAUUGCCAAGAAAUAUCUUCUCUGAGCGGGAAAGCACAACGCCGUUGCUGAUCCUCUCCGGUUCCCGAGUCUUGCUCGCCGAAUUGCAACUGCAGCCUGGGCCGGUGCACCGUCACAUACCUGUCGAAGGAACCCCGCUUCGGAUUAUCUACUCCCACCAUCUCCAAUGUCUCGUCGUGGCGGUGAACAAGGGAGACUGGCCAACGCUGAUGUUCCUGGACCCGGACACUGGUGAGGAUAUUGGCAAACCGACUGACAAGACCGGGAACCAGGUGCCGUCCAUCCCCGGACUGGGGAAACAGGGUGACAGGAUAUUUGGUCUGGCAGAGUGGGAAUACAAGAAAGACAACAACGUGUGGCGCUUUAUCCUUGUCUCGACGCGAGAUGGCCGGAUGAUGAUCAUAUCAACAGAGCUCGAGGAACAAUCCGUGGACGGAAAGCGCCCGAAGAUACGUUACUGGAUGCGCUUCAAGAAGUCGGGAUUCGAACGGCCUAUUUACUCGGUUUUGGGUUACGACGAAGGGAUCAUCUAUUGUGUUGGUCAGACGAUCCAUUGGGACGUCCUUGACCCCUUCGAAAAGAAGCUGAAGUCAAUGAAAUCGUUCGAUCUAGGUUCGCCUGCGACAUCGUUGCUUAUGGUCGAUGGCAAAAUCGUCGCCCUGACCAGCCGAGACUCUCUCGAGAUCAUAGAUCAUUCAGCUGAUGGUGGAGGGGAAAGCUCGGGGCUUAUUCACGUUGACCCCCGAAACCGGAACGCUGUGCACAUGAUGGAAAUUUCCGGGCCCAAGCUUGACGAGCCAUUCUUUCUCAAUGUGGAAAUCUGGCGAGCCUUGCGCUUCGUCCAAAACCUUGCACUCACCAGCCCGGAACUUUAUCCUUUCACUUACGAGGCAGUCGACCUUUCCGAGUUCGACCCAGAACCGCGGCUGGAUGGGGGUCUAGAAAUGCACAUUGAUGGAGACAUGCUAGGGAGAUGUCUGGAAAAGAGAGCCCUGGAGAGGCUGAUCACGCGUCCGAGUCACCUCUCUCGGUUUGCCGAGCUUCUGGACGAACUAGAGGAUGGAAAGCACACCGCAGACUUUGGCAUCGAAGAGCAUGGGCUGAGGGAGAAGUAUUUCGCCCUCGCAUAUGACAUUCUAAAAUAUUUCCUUGCUCCAAAGGGCAACGACGACUGGGAAGCCGAGCUCGGCGAGACUAUCGCCCCCCCCAACGCCAGCCCAGAUGCCCCGGCCGACGGCGAGGAUGAACCCUCUGCAGGCGGCGGCGGCUUGAUGGGCCUGAUGCGCAAGAACAAGGAGAAGCGGAAGAAGAAGGGUCUCCCCGAGGAAUUCGUCGGCGGGGAGGACCCCGCCGCAGCUGACGGCGAAGGCGCUCCCGAGCAGGAUCUGUCUACCAAGGCACCCGAGGAGGCGAACCUAGACGAUGAGUUUGCGCUGCCAGACAAGAAGGGGAAGGCCUCCAAGGGCAAGCAGCAAGCGGCAAAGCCGGCCGCUCCGCAAAAUGAUGCGGAGGAUGAAGAGAGGGGUGCCGGUGGAAAGGUGCUGACCAAGGCCGAGAAAGAGAAGCUGAGGAAGGAGAGAGAGAAGCAGCGCAAGAAGGAACAGGCCGCGAAGAAGAAGUCUACCGCCCCUGCCCAACCCGCGAAGGCAGAGCCUAGCAAGCCUGUCGCCGAGGAGAAAAAGGCCGAGGCCCCCGCUGCUGCAGCCCCUGCUGAGACUGGCGGUAAAAAGAAGAAGCUCCCGGCCCACUUGCUGGCACUCCAGAAGCAACAGGAGGAUUUGCGACGCAUGCAGGAGGAGGAAACACGGUUCCUUGCUGAAGAGAAGGCCCGAAUUGAGGAGGAGGAGCGGCUGGCAGAGGAGGAAGCCAAGCGCAAGGAGGAGGAGAAGGCGCGCAGAAAGCAGAAGGAGAAGGAGAGGAUCGAGCAGCUCAAGAAGGAGGGCAAGUUCCUGACCAAGGCACAAAGGGAGGAGAAGGUCCGCAAUGAACGCAAGCUUCAACAGAUGAUCGACGCUGGCAUCAAGGUUGGCGCUCUUGCAGAAGGUGCCGAGGCCGAGCAGAAGAAGAAGGCUAUCGACAAGAAGAAGGGCGCCGGACGUAAGAACGACAAGAAGGUUGAUGAGGAGAAAGUUCUCGCCGAGGCGGCAGAGCGUGCCAGACUCCAGGCCGAGGCCGCUGCUAAGGAGGCAGAAGAAAAGGCACGCCUCGCAAGAGAAAAGGCCGAGGCUGAGGCCGCAGCAAAGGCUGCGCAACCUGGGGCCGAGGACAGCGUGGACGAGGAUUGGGAGGCUGCCGCGGCCUCGGAUAAAGAGGACGUCAAGGACAGCUGGGAUGCCGAUACGGAAGAUGAAGAGGAGGCCAAGGCCAAGAAGGCGGAGGAAGCCAACGGCACCGCACCUUCAAAGACUCAUCCCUCAAGGGCCAAACCCGAGGAGGAAUCAGACAGCGAGGACGAGUCCUCUGAUGACGAGCAGACAACCCAAGCUCGGCUUGCCGAGGCACAGAGGAAGAAGGAAGCCGCCGAUAGACGGGAGAAAGCCCACCAGGCUGCAAUGGCUGCUCGCUCGAAAGACAAUCUGCGGUCACCGAUCUGCUGUAUCCUGGGGCACGUCGACACUGGCAAGACAAAACUUCUCGACAAGAUCCGACAGACGAACGUCCAAGAAGGCGAAGCCGGCGGUAUCACUCAGCAGAUUGGUGCUACUUACUUCCCCGUCCAGGCCAUCAAGCAGAAAACUGCUGUUGUCAACCAGGAUGGCAAGUUCGAAUUCAAGGUCCCUGGUCUUCUGAUCAUCGACACGCCCGGUCACGAGUCCUUCUCCAACUUACGCUCUCGAGGGUCCUCGCUCUGUAACAUUGCCAUUCUCGUCGUCGAUAUCAUGCACGGUCUCGAGCCCCAGACCCUAGAGUCCAUGCGGUUACUACGAGACAGGAAGACCCCCUUCAUUGUGGCCCUCAACAAGAUUGACCGUCUGUAUGGCUGGAAGAAGAUCGACAACAACGGUUUCCAAGAAAGCUUGGCCCUGCAGAACAAGGCAGUCCAGAACGAGUUCAGGAAUCGCCUCGACCAGACAAAACUUGCCUUUGCAGAGCAAGGCUUCAACUCGGAGCUCUUCUAUGAAAACAAGUCGAUGGCCAAAUAUGUGUCCUUGGUCCCCACCUCGGCACAUACUGGCGAAGGUAUCCCAGACAUGCUCAUGCUGAUCUUGGCUCUCACGCAAGAGAGGAUGGUUGGCUCGCUCAUGUACCUGUCCGAGGUUCAGGCCACCGUUCUCGAAGUCAAGGCCAUCGAAGGGUUCGGCAUGACCAUUGACGUUAUCCUGUCAAACGGUAUUCUAAAGGAAGGUGAUCGCAUUGUCCUAUGCGGUGUCGACGGGGUCAUCAAGACAAAUAUCCGAGCCCUACUCACCCCCGCGCCUCUUAGAGAAUUGCGCCUGAAGUCGGCCUACGUCCACAACAAGGAAGUCAAGGCGGCCCUUGGUGUCAAGAUCAGUGCCCCCGGUCUUGAAGGUGCCAUCGCUGGCUCGCGACUCCUUGUCGUUGGCCCUGACGACGACGAGUCCGAUCUUGAGGACGAGGUCGAGUCCGACCUGGCCUCGCUGUUCAGCAGAGUCGAGAGAUCUGGCCGCGGUGUCAGCGUCCAGGCGUCGACGCUCGGUUCUCUGGAGGCCCUCCUCGACUUCCUCAAGGACUGCAAGAUCCCGGUCGCCAACGUCGGUAUUGGCCCGGUCUAUAAGCGCGAUGUCAUGCAGUGCGGCAUCAUGCUUGAAAAGGCUCCCGACUAUGCUGCGAUGCUCUGCUUCGACGUCAAGGUCGACAAAGAGGCGCAGGCAUACGCCGACGAUCAGGGUAUCAAGAUCUUCACGGCGGACAUCAUCUACCAUCUCUUCGACGCAUUCACCAAGCAUAUGGAUGAGCUGACCGAGAAGAAGAAGGAAGAGUCCAAGCUGCUGGCCGUCUUCCCUUGCACCGGCCCCAUCGUCAUCGGCGUUGACGUUACCGAGGGCCAACUCAAGAUCAACACCCCUAUCGCUGCCGUCAAGACCAACCCCACUACAGGGCUGAAGGAGGUCAUCAGUCUCGGCAGAGUCACCUCCAUCGAACGGGAGCACAAGCAAGUCCCGGUCUGCAAGAAGGGUCAACCCUCGGUGGCCAUCAAGAUCGAGAUGGGCGGGCACCAACCGACUUACGGGCGCCACCUGGAGGAGGGGGAUACCCUCUACAGCCUGAUCUCGCGAGCCAGCAUCGACUGCCUCAAGGAGUUCUACCGCAAGGAAGUCAGCGCCGACGAGUGGCAGCUGAUCAUCAAGCUCAAGCCCAUGUUCGACGUCUCCUAG